AUGUCAAAAGAAACAACUGAAGAAACGCUUACUUUGAUCGAGGAGACUCCCAAUGUUCCCUCUACAGUAGUUAGAAAAGAACGUAAAUUGGAAGCUUCCCCUUUUGUACAAGAGACUAAACGGGAAAAAAGAGUAACAACUGAAGACAUAAGCGUUACUUAUGCCUCGAAUAAAUCCGCGGCUUCUUCAAUGCCUCAAGAUGUCGCAACAAGAACAGCCGAGUGGGAUACAGCGACUGAUAAUGAUGCACAAGCUUUACUAGAAAAAAAGUUAGCUGCUGAAGAAGCAGAUGAUGAUAAUUUAUAUAAAGGUCAACACGCUUAUAAAUCAUAUAUAAAAAAACGUGACACUGCAGCCGGAAGUGCCGCCAGCUCCAAAAUAAAAGCAGGACCUAUUCGAGCCCCAUCAAAUAUUCGGGUAACAUCACGGUUUGACUAUCAACCUGACAUAUGUAAAGAUUAUAAAGAAACUGGGUUUUGUGGAUACGGAGAUUCUUGUAAAUUCUUGCAUGAUCGUGGAGAUUAUAAAACUGGAUGGCAACUAGAACGUGAAUGGGAAGAAAAGCAAGGAAAAUUAGGACAUGAUCCCAACGCGUAUAUAGUGGAAAGUAGCGACGAUAGCGAAGAUGAAUUGCCAUUUGCUUGUCUUAUUUGUCGUCAAGAGUACUCAAGUCCAGUAGUCACAAAGUAA